UCGAGAGCUCAAUAUAAAAGAAUCCAAAUUCCUGCUAUUUUCCAGAUCGUUACCAUGAAACCUUUAAUAGUGUUGCUUGCGAUAUGUUAUUUCGCCGACUGUGUUCAACUACCGCCAAAUUUUACGAAAUGUAACCGAAAAGACCCAGACUGGAAGGAGUGUGUGCUUAAAGCGGCAAUUGAUGGAGCACCACAAUUAAAGCAGCCGUUCCCGGAACUGAAUAUACCAAACUUAGAACCAUUUCUUAUACCAGAACUGACCAUCGCUGGAUCCGGUGCAGUCCAGGUAACGCAGCAUUUCAAAAAUAGUCGGUUGUACGGGAUAACUAACGUGGACAUAAAAAAACUUGACUUCGAUUUUGACAAGAAAGUCAUAGAACUUGAAGGCACUUUUCCCGAACUGAGAAUACCGGGCGAAUACAAGUUUGACGGGAGAAUUCUUCUGUUGCCAAUAGUGGGUGAAGGCACCGGAGAAACUACAUUGAAAAAUUUGCACGUGAAAACUACCCUCAACUUCGAAGAAAUCAAAAAAAAGAGGAAAACUUUCAUCAACGUUGUUUCCGGUAAACUGAAGAUGGUUCCGGGUUUCAUACAUUUUAGGUUUGACAAUCUUUUUAAUGGUGAUAAGAGACUGGGUGAUAACGUUAACCAAGUCAUGAAUGACAACUGGGAGGCUAUUUUUAAAGAUAUCGAGGAGAGUUAUUCUGAACUAAUAGUACAGGUGUUAACGAAUUUAGUUAACCGUUUCUUUUCGAAAGUUUCGGUGGAGGAAGCUUUUGAGUAGAUUUGAGUCACUGUAGUUUUUUGAAAUAGAUUUUGUUCAAUAUA